AACCUGCUUCUCUCUUCGUUUGGCCAGACUCCUUAUCGCGUCUCCUGUCACACUGGACGCGGCACGUCUCCGGAACCAAUCGGAAUCGCGGCGGAAAUGACGCAAGUGGUUAUACGACGCUCUGAUUGGUUCCAAGCCCUCGACGCGGUGACGCGACGCGCUCGGUGCGACUCCGACUUCGGGUGGCUGGGAUCUAGCUUUGACUUCCUGCCGCAUACGGUUCCCCCACUUUACCUCCCUGGAGACCGCUCGGUCUCUCUCGGAAAUCGGGCAGCCGUGAGAGCGAGAGAGAGGUCCGACUCGGUGAGGUAUAGAGAGGUCUCCCGGGGUGGGCUUCUUCUCCACUACAGAGACGCCUCAAGUAGGCGGCCUUAUUUACAUAAUAACCGUAUUGCCACUUCCCGUUUUUAAGAGAUUGACCGCGCGUCGUUUUUAAUAACUUACUCGAGAAAUUGAUUCGCAAUUUUUGGAAGCUCGACAGGUGGGAAAUGUUUUCUUUUUCUGUAAUGAAUGCGUUAUGGUGGUGAUGCUGUAUUCUUGAUUUUAGGAUUUGAUGAUGGGGGAUGGCGGAGGUAAAAAGAAGGUCCUGGCUUAGCCCGCGCAAUAUGCGCGCGACUGGCGCGGGAAAGUCUUUUCUUAAUUUAUAAAUACAUUGGCCCUUGGCCAAAUGGGCCUCAGCCUAGACAUCUAUCCUUGACAUUUGAUCACGACGAAUGGGAAUGUACUGAACAAUUAUUUUAUGCAUUUACAAGGCACUGAGAACGAUUUCUUCUUCUGUGGUCUGGGAAAUGGCGGAAUUGAUAUCUUCUAAUGAAAUCUGCGAGAUAUCUUGAAAGAUCUAUCGCUUGAGAUAUUUAGCAAAGAUUAGAGAGAAAUAUUCAGAAAUUAGUCUAUGCUACUAGAGUUGAGACUGGAUUCGAAAACUGUCAGAAGUGGGAAAAUAUAUUUUUGCGGAGAAAGAUACGACGAUUCCUCGUACAUAUGAAGAGAGAAAAAAUGGAGCCAAACAUUAUUUUGAAUUACGCGUCGUCUGCUAACUUCCCGAAUGACGUCAUGGUGACGUCAGGAGUGAUCAGCUGAUCGCGGCCGCUAUGGACGCCGACGGAUAUGUAAGAUUCAUCGUUCUUUAGCUUUACAUAUAAUGAUUAGAGAGAGAAAUUAUUGAGCCGAAUAUCACUAUGAAUUACGCGUAGUCUCCUAAACUUCCUGAGUGACAUUACGAGCUUAGAUAAGAGAUAAUUACGAGUGAUCAGCUGAUCGUGGCUGCUAGUAGACGGCAAUAGGUAUGUGAGGUUCCUCCGUCUUUAUCAGUGUUUUAAUACCAUAAUACAAACUUUACAUAUAAUUUUCAGGAGAGAAAUAAUCAUGGAGGCGAACAUUACUUUGCUGUAUGGGAGCGAAACAGGAACUGCCCAGGACACUGCCGAAUUAAUUUGGAGGGAUGCCAAGAGAUAUGGGUUAAAAUCAAGUGUUUCCGCCAUGGAUGAAUAUAACAUCAAGAACUUGAUUUCCGAAGAACUGGUCGUCUUCGUAGUUUCCACUACAGGCCAAGGAGAAGUUCCUGCAAAUAUGAAACAAUUUUGGCGAUGCUUGUUACGGAAAAGCCUUCCUGUGAAUACUUUAAAUCAUUUAAAAUACGCAGUAUUAGGGUUGGGUGACAGCUCUUACCAAAAAUUUAAUUUCGCUGCCAAGAAGUUGAAUAAACGAUUAGGACAAUUAGGAGGACAAGAAUUGUUGCCUAUUGGACUAGCGGAUGAUCAGCAUGACCUUGGAAUAGAUGCAGUUACCACCACUUGGACGCAAGAGUUGUGGACGAAAAUAAGCAACUUAUAUGGUAUCGAGUUGAUAAAUGUUCAAGCUGAUGGUAACGAAAUAGUUGAGCGAUUCAAUGUCGAUGUCAUAACAACGAACGAUACAAGGAUAUUUAAUAAUGGACGUGACUUACACAGCGACAUUUAUGAAAGUGAAUUGCAUGUAAAUGAUGAGUUAAGAAUGGGCACAGUAAUAGAGAAUUUUAGGACGACAUCGGUGGAUCAUUUUCAAGAUGUUAGAUUAAUUAAGAUUUCUGCGGAAAAUAUUCAGUACGAGCCAGGUGAUGUUUUAUAUAUCAGACCUAAGAAUUCGGCAGUGCAGGUACAGCGGUUUUUUAUGAUUUUAAAUAGUAAUAAUGUUAACGUUCAUCCUAACAUGGUGAUCCGUGUUACCGAAAAAGAAAUAAAUGUGCCACAAGUUUUGAAACGGGAUUUGACCUUGAAAGAAAUCGUUGAGCAGUAUUGGGAUCUCAGUUUCAAGCCUCGGAGGUCGACAAUGAUGACAUUAGCUAGAACCAGUGACGAUGACUUGGAGAAAGAGAAACUAUUUGAAUUCACCACCACAGAGGGACAAGAAGAACUUUUUGGCUACGUCAACAGACCAAGAAGGAAUAUUUUAGAAGUCCUAAAUGAUUUCCCACACACUACGAGCAAACUUAACGUCAGAUUGCUUUUUGAAAUCAUGUCACCUAUCAAGCCUAGGGCAUUUAGUAUUGCAUCUAGCAUGAAAGCCACGCAAAGUGAAGUGCAUGUACUGGUAGCUGUUGUGAAAUAUAAGACUAAAUUAUUAGAACCUAGGUUAGGUCUGUGCUCCAAUUGGUUAGCAUCGUUGACACCUGGAGAACGUGUUAUUUUUUGGAUUCAGAAGGGGACUUUUAAAUUUGACUACUCAAAGCCAAUGAUUUUAAUCGGUCCUGGAACAGGCGUUGCACCAUUUCGAUCAUUACUUCUAGACAAAGCUGUAACUAACAAGAAUCUUAACGACUGUAUACUCUUCUUUGGGUGCAGAAAUGAAAAAAGGGAUUACCAUUGCAAAGAAGACUUUGAAUUCUUAAUGCAGAACCGUAACUUACGACUUUUUUGCGCAUUUUCUCGAGACCAGGCUGAUAAAAUAUAUGUACAACAUGUAAUUGAAAGAAACGAUCAGCUGUGCUGGGAAUUUAUGAAAAACAAUGCCAAUAUUUACGUAGCAGGUAACUCAAAAAACAUGCCAGACAGUGUACGGGAAGAGUUUGUAAACAUUAUUGGUAAAUUUUCGAAUUUAUCGAAGGAAUAUGCAGAGAGUUACGUACAACAAAUGGAAAAGGAGGGACGGUAUCAAAUUGAAACUUGGAGUUAACCGAGUUAAUGUUUAGAGAGAAAUUAUGCGAAUAGAAUUACACAAUUUCUUUGAUACUAAUGAUUUUGUAAGAGAAUAGGUUCAAUUAAUUAAAUAAACCAAGGGAUUUAUUGGGAUUCGUCUGAA